AGCUGCUCUCUGCAACAGGUCAACUGUCAACACAGUCACGCUUUUUGUUGGUCUCAAAACAUCAUCAUUCCGAUAAACAAUGGACAGUGUUGAUAACAAUCAAGUGAUACUUGUCCUCGGUGACAAUCGUAUACGAGCGAAUAAGGAUAAACUCGCCAAGCACAGUCUCUACUUCUCGUCAUUAUUUUCGGAGAACUUCAAUGAUCACCGGCAGAAUGAGUACCCAAUCAAUUACGGUGUAUCACUGGAUACCCUCAAGGAUUUCGUCAAAUGGGCGGAAGACCCGAAGCACAACGAACUGAAGAUUCAGACGCAUUACAAAGUGGAGAGGUGCAUGGAAAAAUUCACGAACCCUCACAACUCAAAUCCCCUCGAAUUACUAGAGCUGAGUGUUGUCUUUAUGUGUGAAAAGCUGACGAAUGAUUUGACAUCGAUUAUUAUUCUCCACUGGCUGUAUGCUGAGAAGAUAAUCGAGAUCUGGACACUAGCACAGGAGUUGGGUCUGGACAAGCUGAGGGAUGUUGCCCUCGGGGCAUGCCUGGACAGAUUCGAGGAACUCCCAUACUCGUCACUUUCUGAACUCACCCUAGAGAAUCUCAUGAAACUCGUUGGCAAUGUCAACGUUAGUUGCUCGAGAACGUGGCUGAAAUUUAUUGCCAAAGAGGCUGUGCGACACCAUUCAGCUUCUGCCGAGCAUGACCCAUCCAGUCACCUAUAUAAGUCACUCUUGCAGAUUGCAGAGGGUCCAGUCGAUAUUUGCCCAAAUUUAACGAAGAACAGACCGAAGUAUGUGUCGUGUGUGGUGGCACACAAGUCAUUGGGGGAAAAAGGAAAAAUUCCCUGUGUCUACUGGUGGAGAAACUCAAAGUUCUCGGAAUUGGUGGAUCUCAAGGACAUUGCCAGUGUCAUGGAUAAUGGCAAGGAAGUUUUUGGGAGACAAGUCAUUGGGAGAGGAUUCAGUAUCUACGUAAUAGGUGGUGAACAAGGACUAGGCUCAGGUCGUUUCACCAAAACAAUUUGGCGAUACUGUUUGCUCUCAAAAACGUGGUUCUCCGUUGCUGAAAUGCCGAGGCCAAGGAGACACAUGGCUGUGGCAUUUAUAAAAAAUAAACUGUACCUGAUCGGUGGGAUCGGCCAGCACCGUUUGAAGUUGUCAAGUGUGGACGUGUUGGAUGUUCACACGGGGCUGUGGUCAAAAGCUGCUGAGAUACCUGAAAUGUUCACCGAAGUACCUGCAUCCUGUGUCGUAGAUGGAAAAUUAAUUUACUUUAAGACAAAUUUUUACUUUUACAAUCCACUCCUGGACGAGUGGGAGACAGUGAAAAAGAACUCCUACGACGGUUCAUCCUGCCCUAGUCACAUAGACUCGUUAAUCGGUUAUGAGGACAAUACCUGUUAUAAUGACAAUAACGUUUACGUUGGAAUUGCUGAUAGUGAUAAUCAACGAACUCUCUUGUCGAGGUUUUCCCUGGAUUCGCAGAGUGGGAGGCUGAGAUUCAUAUGCGAGCAGUCCUGUGAUUAUCCUCGACAAAUAUUCAAUGGCUCAAUGCUGUUCAGCUUCUCUUAUUCUAAUGGUGAAGUUAAGAUCGAACGUGGCACACUCGAGAGCAUAAAUUCGUAUCAAUUUCUGGGCAUUUGCAGUACAAUUGUUACGAGUAUUCAUGAUUCGGGAUUUCAAAGUCGUAUUGGAUGUUUCAAUGUCAUCGACCCAGCUACUCUACAUCAGCAGAUUUCAUUCACUGAUCAGGUCUGCAUCAACGUGUAACCACCCAAAGGAUUGAAAAACGCAUUAUCUUCUCAUUUUGAUUCAUGAAAUUUUUAUUCAUCGUACAUGUUGUAACGGAAGCAGUCUUCAAACAAAUCUACCACGACAUAUUGUUUCAAUGGCUUACAUUGGAAUAAAAAUUAAUUGACGUGCUACCAGUGCAUUUGCAGGAGAGAGAGAGAGAGAGAGAGAGAGAGAGAGAGAGAGAGAGAGAGAGAGAGNGAGAGAGAGAGAGAGAGAGAGAGAGAGAGAGAGAGAGAGUGAGAGAGAGAGUGAGAGACAGGCAGAUAUGGUGGAUAAUUGUAAGGUGAUACUCGUAGGAUUAUAUGUUUAUAAAUUUUCUCGUGAGGAUGCUGGUCAACCACACGAGUACCACAUUCCAAUGGCUCAUCCGACACUCGACCUGACAGCACGCAAUUCCUUUUUUUUUCGUGUCGUGUUCUCACCAUAAUGUUGUAAGUUAUAAUAAAAUUCGCGUCACGUGGCAUGGAGUUUUUGUAAGCACGAAUUAGCGUUGCAAAAGAAAAAAUAGAAGAGAGAAAGAGAGAGAGAGAGACAUAGAGAGAGACAGAGACAUAAAUGUAAUUGGAUGGCUCGUGCUAUCCGAUUGAAGGCGAUAUGACAAAACACGCGGAAAAGACGACAAAAAAAAAUUAAAACAAUGCAUUAUAACAAUAAUAAUAAAUAAGAUGAUUCACUUAAUAUUUUAUACAUGAGUUUUUGUUUCUAUCUAAUGAAAA